AUGCGUGCCAAAACAAAUUCAAUUAUUAAUUCUAAAAGAACAUAUAAAAGAACCAGUCGAUCAAAAAAAAAGGUCAUAUAUCUCGGCGAAGUGUCGGAUGAUGAAAAUCGUUCAGGCACCAUUGAUCAACAGCCAAGUGAGUAUUAUUUAUCCUUACGUUCAACAAUUAAAUUAUCAGCUACAAUAGGUACCGAUGAAUCAAUCGAUCGAAUUAAAUCGACCCAUCUGCCACAAGAGGAGAAUGACACAUUGUAUUCCAAAUCAGUAGUAUGGAACUAUGCAACAAAAUUAUCAAAUGGGAAAGCCGAAUGUCGCAAGUGUCACCGUCAAAUAUCGUGCAAGGAUCAUUCAACAAGUACUCUUCGACGUCAUUUAUACACUUGUCAAAAUAUUUCAAAACUUGCAUCGAGUAAUGGUGGUAACGGUUCCAAAACAUCAAUCAAUAUUGAUGUAAAAAGAAAAAUCAACGAUUUGGUCUAUAAAUGUAUUAUUCAAGAUAGUCGUAGUUUUGGAGAUCUAAGAAAGUCAGGAAUGGCUCGUCUUCUGUAUGAAAUGCUUCCUGCACCAACACGUCGAACUGUACAAAAUCAAUUAAAAAGGUUACAUUCAAAACAUUCAAAUUUACUUAUGACACAACUGAAAAACGUUGAUUGUUUGGCUGUCACCACAGAUUUGUGGUCGGAUCGCAAACUUAAUUCAUAUAUUUGUUUGACAGGUCAUUUUCUUAAUGGUGAUUCCAAGUUAAUUUCAACAGUGCUAUCUUUCACAUCAUUUCGUGAAAGACACACAGGUGAACAGAUUGGCUAUACCAUCAAAAAAGCAUUAAAAAGAUUACAAGUGUACGAAAAGACAAGAACAAUUACAUGCGAUGGUGCAUCCAAUAUGCGCAAAUCAUUUGAUUUACUCAUACCUAAACGAGUUCAAUGUUUAGGCCAUAAAUUACAUCUUAUCGUUUGCAAUGGUUUAUGCUUAUGGGUGAAGGAUGCACAAGUUGCUGAAACACCUGCAAGCGACGAAGAAGAUGGUGAUGGUGACGAAAAUAUUGAUAUUGUCUCAAGCAUUAUAAACGAUUCAGUUGAAAGUAUGUCUACGAAUGAUAUUGAUGAUACAAGUUCUGAUGAAACAAGUAUUGAUGAUAGUGAAGAUUCAUCAGAUGAUGAAGAUUCAGAUAGUGAUGAUGAUUCAACCAAGAUUUCUGAAGUAGUUAUCGACAACUGGGAGGAAGGUGUUGUCGAAGAUACUUCAUUAAUUACCUGCUUAGAACAAUACACAACUAAUCAGGCUAUUGAGAAGUGUCGAGGUUUAGUAAAAACAAUCAACAAAUCUUCAAUUUUGUCCAACUUUUUCGAUCAUCAAAAGAUCGAACCCAAACUAAAAAAUACACUGAUAAUAGAUUGCAAAAGUCGUUGGAGUUCUACACAUCGUUUAAUUCAAUCUAUUUUAUUGCACAAAUCAAUCAUUAAUCGACUAUAUGCAGAAAAAUAUGAUCUUCAUCUCAGCAAAAAACAACAAAUGAAGUUACUUAAAUUUGAACUGAACCGAGAAGAAUGGAUCAUACUCGAAUCAGUCGAAGAAGUUCUCAACGCUUUUUUCGAGGCCACGAAACUGAUUAGUGGUAAGAAGUAUUGUACAAUCGGUAUUGCCUUUUUUGCCGUGGCCAAUCUCAAAGAACAUCUUGAAGAACGAUCUAGUAAUUCUCAAGUGGACAAUUUAAAAGAUUUACUAUUAUUACAACUCAAAAAUUAUUUUGAUAAUGAUUUUGAUCAAUAUGAAUUGUUAAAGCAACAUGCGUUUUACGAUCCUCUCGGUUUUGGAUCAAUGGAUCGUGGCGAUCGAACGUCAAUCGAGCGAGAGAUUAAGUCAUUACAUAAAGAAUCCAUAACAUCAUCAACAAAUUCUUACUCGCUCAAUACUGCUUCUACUACAACAAUAGAACAUCAAUCAAAACCAAAUUCAAUACAACGUUUUCUUUCUUCCGUCGGAAAACGUCAAACAAGCAUUGAUAAAUCCAAUACUGUUCUUUCAAUUGCUAAUGAACUCGCCUUAUAUCGAUCAUUAGCUAUGCAAGAAUAUAUUAACAUUGUUCAACAUUCGAAGGAGCACGAUCCAUUUGGCUUUUGGAAUAUACAUGGUUCACAACUUAAAUUUUUACACUCCUUAGCUCGAAAGCAUCUCAUUGUUCCAGCUACAUCUGUUCCAUCUGAAUCUGUAUUCAGUACAGCUGCAUUUCUUGGACGAAAGGAACGAACUCGAUUGAGUUCUCAAAAUCUUGCCACCUUGGUUUUUUUAAAAGACAAAAUGAACGAAGAAAUUGUUUAA